AAUACCAUAAAAGCAAUGCUUUUAUACGGAGGUAUAUGGGCUCAAUAGUGUUAGGGCCAAAUUUCUGCUAUCAACCGGGAGAUUCUGCCCAUAGAAAUAAUCUUUGCAAUGUAGGGUGGUUUGUAACUAUUUUAUCACAUACCUCCGUUUUCCAUAUCCUCAACUUAAUCCUGCCACCAACCUUCUUGGUCGGAAGAGCACAAAGAGCUAGGGGAAAAGACUCACAGACUCAUGGCUACGCCCAAGUAUGCGUUACAGGAUGUGUCGGGAAAAGGGAAAGGACUUGUUGCGACUCAAGAAAUCCCCAAGGGUACUCGGAUUCUUGAAGAAAGGCCAAUCAUGACAAGGCCUAAACGAGCACAUGAAGGGUUCUCCCUUCGAAAUAAAUUUAAUGCCCUCAAUGAAGCCCAACGGCAGGCCUUCCUGUCUCUUUCCAACGUACAUCCUUUCAAGGAUGCCAAUGAGCAAUACUUGGGAAUCUUCAAAACAAGUGGUCUUCCCAUGGAAAGCGAUGAUGAAGGCGGAUUAUUCAUUGAAUAUCUCGAAUCAAUCACGCCUGUGAUCAUAACGCCUGUCACAGCUGGAACACGAAAAUGAAACGGAUGACUGUCCACGCUUUGAGGAACAUUCAAAAGGCGAGGAGAUCACAAUAAACUAUCUUGGAUCUCGCCCCUGGGCUCAUGAAGUUCGACUCAGAAUCCUCAAGGAAAAUUUUAAGUUUUUGUGUUCAUGCGAUCUUUGUUGUUUACCGCCGGAACAAUCCGGACAAAGUAACAGAGAAUUGAUGGAUAUUUAUCGAGGAAUGGCUCUUGUUCCCCGCGUCUCCACAAGAUAUCCAUUGCAGGCCGUCGAGCAACCAUCCAUCCAUGGGCGAUUUUUAUGGAUUAUCUUCUCAAGAGUGGGCGACCGCAGUCGAUGAUGUUCCAUGGGGACUGAAAUCUUAUGAAUUUGAAGAUUGGGUUUGGAGAAGAGAGGGGCUGCAGGAUUCACGAUUGUUUUCACAUCGCCCAAACAUCUUUUUGUGCUAUUCAAUUUUCCCUGCAUUUGACGAUCUUCCACACAAGAGAGAGAAGAAUUCAAAUUUAUACGAGGACGUUGGUACUUCUACUUGCCGGCCACAGCGCCACUGGUGCUUCUUGGGUGAGAUUGUGGAGUUUAAGAGGAGGGGCUCCAUCAAAAUUCUAAUCGAAGACAUUGAUGGUACGAAGGUCGAACUCAUACUGAAUACCGAUGCACGAGCCAAAAGCCCUGCACUUACUCAGCUUCGAAAAGGGCAUACGGUCGCAGUUCUUUACGCACAACGUUGCGGCGAUGAUUGUAAGCCAGAGAUCAGCCUGCAGAACGCCGCAUUACUUCAGGUAUGAUGGCCAAGCAGUCUCUGUAAAUACUCAUGGCUUGGUAAUGUCUUGCUAAUUCGAUAUAGAUCUUCCCAAUCUCGCUGCACAACCUAAUCGCAUUAGAGGAUGUGGCCCAAGAGUUCUCUACUAAAAGAGAGACUGCUAAUACCAGAAUAUGCCACGCGGGUGGGAAGAAAUCAGCAUCCAUGGCAAAAUGCGGCCGAUGUUCGUUUUUCUGGUAUUGCAAUCAGGUUCGUCUACAGAAGUGCUAUUUGCCAUCAUGUAAGAUAUUUUAAAUGUGAAUAGGUACUAACUACUAUGUGCACAACAAACAGAGCUGUCAGAAAGCUGGUUGGAAUAAGAAAGGGCAUAAAAAUGAUUGUAAAUUCCUUAGCGAGCCUAAUCUGAGAGGGAUGUUUGUUAUGAAAUGGGAUGAGUUUAAUGGUGUUGUUCAAGUUCCUUUGGCGGUGGAUGGAAUUAGGUGA